GGCAGAGAGAGAUCAGCAGAGAGAGAUCGGUACACGUCGAGCCUUCCCAAGAAAAUGACCAAUUUCGCAGGCACUUGGAAAAUGAGAAGCAGUGAGAAUUUUGAUGAACUACUCAAAGCACUUGGCGUCAAUGCUAUGUUGAGGAAGGUGGCUGGUGCCGCGGCGUCCAAACCUCACGUGGAGAUCAGGCAGAAUGGGGAGCAGUUCUACAUCAAGACCUCCACCACCGUGCGCACCACCGAGAUCAACUUCCUCAUAGGCCAGGAGUUCAAUGAGGAGACAGUAGAUGGCAGGAAGUGCAAGAGCCUGGCCACAUGGGAGACAGAGAGCAAAAUGUACUGCAGGCAGACUCUCCUGGAUGGCAACGGCCCAAGGACCUUCUGGACCAGAGAGCUGAGGGGAGAUGAACUCAUACUGACCUUUGGGGCAGACGACGUGGUUUGCACACGGAUUUACGUACGAGAAAAUAAAUAACGCAGCUUCAGGACGGACCAGGACCAUCAUAAUGGGCUCCAUCCCCCUUGGUCCAGCUGCAGUAACUCCCCAAUACAUCCAUCUUCAGAGAAAUAUUUCAUAACAUAGCAUCAUAUAUCGGAUUAAACAGACAUUUACCAUGCUUCAUGUAACUAGACCAAACAUGCAAUUGUAUUUAGACAACGUUGUUUCUCAUGCCAACUGCCACUUUAAUAAAACAAUGUUUCGUC